UGUUGGAAAUUUGUUUGUGUGGCUGAAUAGACGACACUUCUUGAUGCCCGUCGUACGAAUAAUUACCCUUUUGCGACGUGUCGGGGGCUGACCGGGGGCGGCAUGGACGAGCCGCUGGUGUCGCGGGCUCCCGGGGGACGCGAACAGCCCCAGGGUGGCCUUUUGUCGGCCAGAGCCCUGCUUUUCCUCCUCCUCUGGUACAUCUUCAGCGGAUGCACCUUGUUUUUGAACAAGUACAUUCUCACCUACCUGAAAGGCGAUCCCACAAUUUUGGGAACGUUCCAAAUGCUGAUGACGGCGUUUUGUGGUUUUGUGCAGAUGUACGUGCCAUGUGGAAUGUACAAACCAGUUCAAAGGAUGACAAGGCCGCCAGGGUUUUACAAGCACAUGCUGCUUGUAGGCUGCACCAGGUUCAUGACUGUGAUUUUGGGCCUGGUUGCCCUUAACUAUGUUGCUGUCAGUUUCACAGAGACUAUCAAGAGUUCUGCACCAAUGUUUACCGUCAUCAUUUCAAGGUUUCUCUUAGGCGAAAAGACAGGUCUGUAUGUGAAUCUGUCUCUAAUACCUGUGAUGACCGGCUUGGCCCUCUGUUCGGCCAACGAGUUGAGUUUCAACAUGAAAGGCUUCAUAGCAGCUAUGGCCACAAACUUGACCGAAUGUUUACAGAAUGUGUACUCCAAAAUGCUUAUCAGCGGGGACCAGUUCAAAUAUACUCCAGCUGAGCUGCAGUUUUACACAAGCAUGGCCUCCGUGGUUGUUCAAAUCCCUGCCUCGUUGUUGUUUGUUGAUAUAGACAUAGUGACCCAUGAAACGGACCACACUCUCCUAUCCCUUUUUCUGCUCAACGGACUGUUUUUCCACUUCCAGAGCAUCACUGCCUACGUGCUUAUGGACUACAUCAGUCCUGUGACACACAGUGUGGCCAACACUGCAAAACGAGCUUUCCUGAUAUGGCUGUCUGUGAUUCUGUUCGGCAACCCCGUGACUGUGCUGAGCGGCCUCGGAACCUGCACCGUCAUGGUGGGAGUUCUGCUCUACAACAGAGCCAUCCACGCAGACUCUGCGCGGCAAAAAGUGGCCAACAGAUAAUCCUAGCUCAUCUCCAGCAGCCAAUAUCAUUCCACCUUAUUUUUCUCUUCAGGUUUAAUUUAUUUCCAUUCUCUCUUGCUUCUUUCGGGUGCUCUCAUGUUUCGACUCGGACUUGAAACUUUGCUACUUAUGUGCAACCAAGCCCACCUUUUUGCGGUACGGUUAUUCCUUGCCAUCCAAGAGCACAAACAUUGUUUGUUAAAAUCAUUUUUAGUUUUUAUCUUCCCUAAUUUAUGAUACAUUAUAAUCCACGCAUUUUGUUUUGUGACUGUUGAACACACAAAAAGCCAGUUCUGUACUUUAAAGUGUAUUUUAAUAAAUGUUGUAAGAUUUUGAAAGAAAGAAAGACAAACAAUAU